AUGGCCGUGCAGCAGCAGCCGCAACCUCAGCCGUCGUACGUCCUUCGCGGACAUGGCGCUCAUAUCCAUUCCACCUCGUUCAUCCGAUCCAACAGUCGGCUGGUAACAGGGGACGCAGAUGGUUGGAUUGUGAUCUGGAGUCUUGCAACGAAGAGGCCAGUAGCGGUGUGGAGAGCGCAUCAGGGUACUAUUCUGGGAGCUGAUGCAUGGGAGGGGGAUAAAAUAAUCACGCACGGCAAAGACAAUAAGCUGAUAGUAUGGAAGCUAUCAGAGGAUGAUGAGGAUGGACUGAGUGUGGUGCUCCCAGUUGAUCCUUCUCCUGAGCCAAGAAAGCAGCCAUGGGCGCUCCACAUCCUCGAUGUCAACACGAUGAACUUCUGCUCGUUUGCUCAAACAUCCCCGCCUCUGGAUGAUGGGCCAUCCAAAGAGCUUUUGGUGGCCGUACCAAACAUAAUGAGUUCCGAGACUGUUGACAUCUUCCAUAUUCCAUCGUCCAAGCGGAUUUAUACCCUCCCAAAUGACCCUACAUUUAAAGGCGGUAUGGUAAUGACCAUUUCCAUCUUUCAUCAUCCCCAGACAAGCCGCCUCACAGUUAUAGCUGGUUAUGAAAGCGGCCAUACCACGGUGUCCCAGCUAUCGGCCGAUUCCACUUGGCAGACACUCUAUACAGCACAAUCGCAUACGCAGCCUAUCCUCUCCCUCGAUACCAACCCCUCAAAGGACUUUUAUAUUACAUCUUCUGCCGAUGCCAUCCUUGCUAAACACCCCAUUCCGUCGUCCGCAGAAAAUGUCAUGCUGCCCACUGGAAGCAAGCCCUUGAAGACAAUUCAAACAAAACAUUCUGGGCAACAGGGUCUAAGGAUACGAAAUGACGGCAAAUUAUUUGCUACGGCGGGAUGGGAUUCUAAAGUUAGAGUCUACUCCGCCAAGAGUAUGAAGGAGCUAGCUGUCUUGAAAUGGCACAAGGAGGGCUGUUUUGCGGUAGCUUUCGCUGAUCUUCAAAAUGAAUCAGAGGCGGAACAUGAGAGUGAAGGCGGGGAUCCAAAUCAGCAAGCAUUAACCAAGAGGCUAGGCACUCUGACUGUUAAAGAGGAGAGAAUUUGGAAGGCGAAAAUGACGCAUUGGGUUGCUGUUGGGAGUAAGGAUGGGAAGAGGAUGGCACGUUCUGGCUUCUGGUUUACUUUCGACCGAGCUACAUACAUCGCCGCAAAGGCAAAAGCCGGUGAUAUUAUACAGCUUUAA